AUGGUUUCCCUCAAGAAUCUUCUGGUCGUCCUGGCCGUUUCGGCUUCCAGCUUCGCAAUUCCAUUUUCGUCUCGCGAAGAUGGGCAAUUUAAAGCCAGUAUUUAUCAGAAGCUUCCUGCCCCGCCGGCAGGCUGGGAGAGGGAUGAUAGUGUGAAGCUUGAUAAGGAUAGCUUUAUGGUUAAGCUAAGGAUCCAUUUGGUGCAGCAGGGCAUGAAAAAGUUCCAUGAUUUAGCAAUGAAGAUUGCUACUCCAGGACACGAGCUUUAUGGCGGCCAUCUUGCCCAGCACGUAAUUGACUCGAUGAUUGCGCCAAAACAAGAAUCUAAAGAUCUGGUCUUGGAAUGGCUAGACACCGAAGGGUUGAGAUCUCAUGCUGAAGUCUCCCCACGAUCUGACUCCAUCAUUGUUGAGGCUAGCCUUGAGCAAAUCGAGAAGCUUUUGAAGGCAGAGUACAGCAAAUUUGUUCGACCGGAAUCAGGCGACAGUGCCGUGAGAACACUGGAAUAUAGUCUCCCAGAUAUUCUCAAAGGUCAUGUGGAUAUGGUCCAACCAACAACUUUCUUCGGCCUCCGAGCAAUGAAAUCAACGAUCAAGGAAGUCACCAUGAACAUUGAAGACAAUAUUGCUGCAAAUAAAAUCAACACCGCGGCCAGUCCGGCAGCAGUCAAGGGUUGCAACAGCAACAGCAUCACGCCUAUUUGUCUUGCCAAUCUUUAUAACUUUGCAUCCGACACAACAAACCAGACUGUCGGGAGAAUGGGCAUUGCAGGAUUUCUGGAGCAGCAUCCGAUCCAAUCCGACCUCAAAACCUUCAUGAAUAAGUAUGCUUACUUCGACAACAAAAAUGAGACUUACAGCUGUGAACUGAUCAACGGCGGCACAUGCCCAGCAACUGACGUAACAAACAACAUUGUCGAAGCCAACCUUGAUGUUCAGUAUGCUCGCGCUAUCACUCAAAACAUACCCAAUGUCUACUACAGCACUGGUGGCAGACCACCUUGGCUCGGGUCGGGAGGCAAUACCAACGAGCCUUACCUUGAGUUCCUCAACUACCUCCUCGCUCUUGAUGAUGACUCUCUCCCAAACACAAUGUCUAUCUCGUACGGAGAUGACGAAGCCACCGUCCCUAUCGACUACGCAAACACCUGCUGUGACCUCUUUGCUCAGCUUGGCGCUCGUGGCGUCUCUAUCUUGGUGGCUUCAGGAGAUUCCGGCGUUGGCAAUAGUUGCAAGGUGGACGGAAAGGCCCAGUUUACAACCGCUUUCCCUGCCGCUUGCCCCUGGGUCACAACGGUUGGCGGCACUACAGGUACUAGCCCCGAGGGUACUUGGUCUGAUGGAGGGGGUGGCUUCUCCGAAAUUUUCGGCCGUCCCAGCUACCAGAAUGAUACCGUAAACACCUGGCUUGAAACGGACACGACACACACGGCCAUCAGCAAAUACUUCAACAGCUCCGGGCGCGCAUAUCCCGAUGUAUCUGCUCAAGCUAUGAACUUCCUCGUGGUACUCCUGGGCUCCGCCGCCGGGGUUUCUGGAACGAGCGCUGCUUGCCCGACUUUCGCGAGUGUGGUGCAGUUGUUGAAUAGCGAUCGGCUUGCAAGCGGGAAGAAGCCUUUGGGUUUUUUGAACCCGUGGUUAUAUGGUGAGGGAGCUAAGGGGAUGAAUGAUAUCACGACCGGGAGGAUCACAGGAUGUAGUGGAAGUAUUAGUGGAGCGGGAUUUUCUGCUGUCGCUGGGUGGGAUCCAGCAACUGGUCUCGGGAGCCCCAAUUACGGGUCUCUUUUGGCGAUUUCUCGUGCCACAGCGUGA